AUCCAUAAUGCCUUGAGCAACGCGCGUGGCAGAAGCUUCAGUUCCCUAGAAAAUAGAAAUGCAAAUACCAGUAUCUUCUUCUUCUUCAUUUCCGCUUUGAAAACUACAAUUCUUCGGUUUAAUCUCUAUUUAGUUAAUAGAACAUCAGAUCUUCUUCCAAGAGCUAUACCUGAAUUCCCCAGCAAACGGCAAUGGUAGCAAAUCUCUGUCUUCACAUCUUCUUCCUCUGACUUCUGGUUGAUAUGAAUCUCUCAUUAUCUUCUUCUUCACCUGCAACUUCUGUCGCUGCUUCCUCUUCUCCUUCCUCAGCUACUUCAUGGUUCUCCGCCAUUGUUCGUGGUCGAGCUGAUCGAUCCGGGAGCCCCAAAGUGGCAGGCAACUUGGGCACAAGCGACGGUGUUAGCGCCCGUCCAAUCAAGGGCAAGAACCAGUUCCGCGGUCUCCUCUUCAAGUACGGACCAAAGCCUAUCCAGGUUGCAUUUAAAACAGGUGAUCAUAAACAACAAGUCGUUUUUAUUGGUGGUUUGACUGAUGGUUUUCUAGCAACCGAAUACUUGGAACCUCUGGCAAUCGCUUUGGAUAGGGAGAAAUGGUCACUUGUUCAGCUGCUAAUGUCAUCAUCGUAUGGUGGAUUUGGAGCUUCCAGCUUGCAACAAGAUGCUUCGGAGAUCGAUCAGCUUGUAAAUUAUUUGAUCAACAAAGAAAAUUCUGAAGGUGUGGUCCUACUUGGACACAGCACUGGUUGUCAGGAUAUUGUGCAUUAUAUGCGUACCAAUGCUCCAUGUUCACUUGCAGUCCGUGCUGCUAUUUUGCAGGCUCCAGUCAGUGAUCGGGAGUACAGGGCCAUGCUUCCAGAAACUGCUGCUAUGAUUGACUUGGCAUCAACUAUGAUAGCAGAAGGCCACGGAUCAAAAUUAAUGCCUAGGGAAGCAGAUUCAUCUUCCCCAAUAACUGCUUACAGGUAUCACUCCCUUUGUGCUUAUAUGGGUGAUGAGGACAUGUUCAGUUCUGAUCUUACUGAUGACCAGCUGAGAACAAGACUUGGGCACAUGUGCAACACACCUUGCCAGGUUAUCUUUUCCAUGGCUGAUGAGUACGUUCCAGACUAUGUUGAUAAGAAAGCAUUGGUUGAAAGAUUAUGCAGAGCAAUGGGUGGUGCAGAGAAAGUUGAAAUUGAACACGGGAAUCACUCCCUUUCUAACAGGGUUGGUGAAGCUGUCCAGGCAGUAAUUGAUUUUGUUAAAAGAGAAGGACCUAAAGGCUGGGAUGAUCCAUGGAAGUAACAUGAUGCCAUUUUCUUUUCCUUGUAUUCUUUUUGGUUUUUUUCCCUUUCAGUUACGAAUUUUGUGCACUUCAUUUUCAAUAUAUAAGAUGUGAAUAUUGUUGCCGCAACUAAUUUAUUGAAUAAAUUUUUGCA